UCUCUGAGUGUUUUCUACUGUUUUGUUUCCUUUAUUAAUGCGGCUGGCACAUGCCUUCGCAUAAUUAGUACCCAAUUGUCUCAUUCUGUUUAACUAUGUAAAUUAGUUAUGCAUCAGUGCUCUCUGGGAUAUCGUUUACUUGUGAAGCUUUGUAAGAUCGACUUUUCCUUGGGCUUGCUUCGAGCUAGUUUAAUGAUGUUAUUACAUGCUGUUGUUCUGGAUUUCCAGUAAAGGGAAGAACUGCAUCCUAUCUACUUGUUCAUUUUAAUCCCAAUAUUGAAUGUCCUAAUUGUAUCAUCCUAAAUCUAAUUUUAAAGAAGCACUACCUAACUUUACCCAGUCUCCAUCAAACUACCAAACUGCAGUAAAGGUGCCAGUACUGAAACGAUUCAAGAAGGUGGCCCUCUACCCCCACCACCCUCUCGGGGCAAUUAAGAAUGGACAAUAAAUGUUGCCUCGUAAUUGUCACUCCAAUCCAUUCAGUAGAGAAGCCUCUGGGUUCUUCUUCUGGCUGCAUUGGUCCUCGGGGACUUUGGAUCUUCGGUGGAAAAAAGCCGAGAGGGAAAUGUAGAAGCCUCACUAUUUACGACAACAUGGACAACAAAACAACGUUAGACUGAUAUGUGGAACUUUUCUGAAUACAUUCAAAUGAACCUCUAGGUACUCGGGCCACGGCUUUUCUCAAAACUGUUGAUUCAAACCAAUCGAGAGAUUUCCACCUCGAUAGAGAGAGCAAGGGAAACAACCGAAAACAAUCAAAUGGCCAAGCGAUGGAAAUUCGUUAAAUGAAAAGCAUAAACUAGAACAACGCACACGUGGUUUUUGCACGGUUCUUUUUCAAAGUACAGUGCAAAGUAGCAGAGUACGAGCAGCAAUUUUAGAGCUACUCUCUGGACACACUCCUGUGCCACCUCUUCCCCCAAAGUGACAGCUGCAGUUGGUUGAUACCUGUAGGGAGCGCCCACGUGCCAGAGAACAUGAUGAUCUGCCCGAACCCAACUGCCCGGAAGCGGAUCCCCACUCAUCGGUGCGUCUUGACUUCACUGUUACCUUGUUUCAUUUACGCCUUUGCUCUUACUGUAUCCGUUUCAGCCCGCACCGUCAGAGUGUGCCCCCAUGGCUACCCUUCAACCAGAGAACAGCCAGCUGCCCGAAGAAGAAGUACCUAGAACUCCUGUUGAGGAUACAGAUCCUAGUGUUCCUUCAGAAACGAUUGAAAAAUAUCCCAUUCAAGCUACAGAUCACGGUGUUUCCACCAAAGGUGUUUCAGAUCUCCUAGUACAGGAUACGACAACUGUUAACCUGGAACAUUUAACUUCAGAUCUUCAAACGACAAGACAGCCUGAAGAGAGUGACAGCCAACACACUGAAGGAGAAUGUUUAUCAGAAGAAGAUGUGAAAGACAGUAAAUCGUGUACAGACUGUUCAGAAACUACAUAUAAAAAUUCAUCAUUGUGCAUCUCUCCUCCUUGUAUUGGUGACCUGAUGAACGAUGAAGAUUUAUUGUACACACUGAAGUUAAAGUUGGAUCCAUACCACCCAACAAUCAAAAACUGGAGGAACUUUGCCAGCAAAUGGGGCAUGACCUAUGAUGAACUUUGCUUUUUGGAACAGAAACAACAGAGCCCUACCUUGGAGUUUUUGUUGAGGAACAGUGAACAAACAGUAGCACAGCUAAUUGACCUGUGCAAAUUUUACAAGAGGGUGGAUGUAUUAAAAGUACUGGAGACAUGGGUGGAGAAAGAGUGGCCAAAGCAGUGGCAUACAAAAUCAAAUAAAGCUUGAAAAAAAUCAAGAAUUUGUAGUACAAUUUCCAGUUGUAAUCAUUUCACUUACAAUUCAAUUUUUUUCUGUCAACUUAUGUUCAAAUUGUGUCAUAGAUUGAGAGAGAACUCCUGAAAGUUCUGAAGUUUUAGGAGAUUUAAGUUUUGUGAGAAAUUUAUGGACGACAAAAUGGAAGGAAAUUGAGUAAGCACUAAAAUGUUUGAAAAAAUCUGUGUAUAUUUAUGUGUGCCUGUUUUUUUUGUCUCUGCCUCUCUCUACAGCUGAAUGUUGCCUUGUUCUUCAUUGUACAUGUAGUUCAUUGACACAACAGGACAUUUCAAACAGAAAUUUUGGUAAGGGUGAAUAUUUUUGUUUGGGAAAACUUUUAGAUCUUGAUGGAAUCAAAUGUUAUAUUUUAUUUCAAAUUCUGCCUUUAAAGUUUUUCUUAAAUCAAAACCCAAAGGUUUGAGAGUACAUUUAAUUAAACUGCUACUUUAUGUCAGUAGAGAUCUUUUGGUCCCAUAGAAGUGGCAAUAUAACUUAGGUCUGGCUUAUGGAAAAUUGGGUGUUUCCCUGAACACCUCCAUAAAUGGUGCAACUGUGAGGCAUUAUCUUUUUCCAUGAGAAUCUUGUACUUUUGGGGGAGUCAAUUUACUCCUGAAGUCUAGCUCACAUAGUAAAACACUGCAGUCUGAGUUCUUCUUUUGGCUACUGAAAGAUAUUCCAGAAUUCUAAACUAUGUCUAUUCUUGUCUCAAACCAUUGGUGCUACAGCCAAAAGAAGUGAAUGAUAUCCAAACUGUAUGAAUGAAUCUGAAUACUAUCGAACUUGACUGAGUUCGUUCAGUCACAAUGAUAUUUUAAAAUUUUCAAUGGCCAUUUAGAUUUGUUUAAGAAUUUUCCUACACCGCAAGCCUACUGGUUCUUUGAAACUAAAGUUUUCACAAGCAAGCAAGAGUUGCCUGGAAGUAUGGCUGAGGUCAGAACAUUAAAUUAAUUUAAUAAACAAUAGCCAUUGUAACACAAUAAUGGAUUCAUAAUUCUGGAAGAAUGUGAUCAAAUGGAAUUCAUUCUAGUCUGUGAUUGUGUAUGCUAAUCUGGAUGGUCAUGUUAACCUUUUUAAUUAUAUCUUCACCAGACCACCUAUU